AUGCGGGGUCGCGGAAACCGCCGCGGAGUGCUCGCGUUGGCGCUAUGGCUCCUGGCGGAGAGCGUGCUCUUUUCCCUGUUGGCGCACCACGCGGAAAGCGCAGCGGCGCAUCCUCCGCUCGCCGCGGAUGGCAGCAGAGAUCCGCAGAGAGAGGCGGAGCGCGACUCUGAAUCCCCGGUAGAGGAGACGGUCGGGCGCGUGGGGGAGAUGGAAGCGGAACUUCAAGUCGAGGGGGGGAGGAUUUCUGGAGUGGCGGGAAAGAGGGGGCGAGCAGUAGGAAGGGAAAGAGGUGGCGGGGAAAUGGUACUAACGGGCGGAGUGGGAGGUGGGGAAGGGGAGGGAACAGAUGAUACACCCGAAAUUCAGAAAGAAUGGGGCUAUGCCAUAUCCUUCGAGCAGAAGAAGCAGCAGCUCAGGGCGCUCAAGGCGCAGGGCCGCUGCAACGACCACCCCAAGCUUUUCCGCAAGUGGCUCUGGGAGAGCGCCUUCCAGGAAGGUUCCCUUGCGUGGGUGCCUCAGCCCGGGAAGUACAUUCUCAUGGAUUGCCAGAGGAGCCAGGCGAGCAACCGCAUAGGGUGCAUUCGGCGGCAUCUGCUGCUAGCAGGCAUGCUCAAUCGUACCCUCGUGGUGCCCUUAAAGCCCGAUGAAGUUUCCCGCUUCUACGACCGCCGCACCUUCCUGCACCUGCCACACCUGCACCGCUGCUACGGGCCCCGCUCUGCCAUCCCGCUCCAGCAGCUUCGGGAGGAGGUUCGGGGGGCAGCGGUGAAUGGGGGCAGUAUGAGUGCAGCAGCGGCGCGACGAGGGAAAGGAGGUGCUGGAGGCGGCGGGAGAGAGGAGGCAGGGUCUGCAGGAGAGUCUGCUGCUGUUUCUGAGGCGCCUCAGGAGACGGAAGAGGAGGGGAGUGAGGAGGAAGGUGCAGUGAUGGUGCAACAGGUACUGUGUCCAUACGUGGCAUGCUACAUGCAGCCAUGGGCGAGCAAGCCUUCCGUGCUUCCCGAGCUAGAGGGCGUGGUAUACCACAACAUGACGUGGACUACCCUCAACAUGCCUCUCUCCCACAUGUUCUCUCUCUCGGAUCUUCGUGCCCUGGAAAGCUCCCUCCUGCCGUCUGCUGACGUUGUGCUGUUUGGAGACUCCUACCAGUGGAACCUUUACGGAAACCUCUCGAAGAGCGUGGGGCUGCCGUUUGGGGGUAGUGGUGGUGGUAGUGGUGGUGGAUCAAGGGGUGGUGAGUGUGCGAAUCGUCUUGCAGUGCAGCCGCACCCGGCAGUGCUGGAAGCAGCCUUGGGAUUCGUGCAGCAGGUCAUCUGGAAAUCUCCAAUCACCUCCUCUUCCUCUUCCCUGUCCUCGUCCUCCACCUCGUCAUCUCCCUCUCCUUCCUUUUCCUCCUCCUCGUCUUCGCCUCCCUCCUCUUCCUCCACUGCCGUUUCGCCUGUCGUCCCAAUACCAGAGGGCAUUACACCAGCAGCCGAUGCCUCCGCAAUGCCUUUCACCGCUGCUGUCGCUGCAGCAGGCCAGAACAGUGCUGCAGAGGCUGGCGCAAGACAGCAGCAGGGCAGUGUGAGCAGUGAGAUGAUGGGCAGUGGGGGGGAGCAGAGGCAGCCGCAGCGGUACCUGGCUGUGCACUGGCGGAGGGGGGAUCUGCUGCUGCUGUAUCAAAAGAUUCUGGCGUUUCUCACUGUGAAGAACGCUGGGAGAUGCAUUGUGGAGAGGAUGGUGAGAUCCGGGAAUAUUUCCACGGUGUUCCUUGCAACGGAUGCCGAUGAGCAAGAGGUGGGGCAGCUGGAACGAGUGAUUAGGAGCCAUCUGCCCGGGGUGGAGAUCGUGCAACUGCCGGAGGAGCUGACAGGGCAGCCUUGGGCGAAAGUGCUUCAACCGUUUCGGUUUCAGAACCAGGCGUUGCUUCGGGCGACACUUGACAAGGCCGUCUGUGCGCUGGCUGAUGUUUUCAUGGGAACACCGAAGUCUUCGUUCUCGUCUGAUAUCGAGCGGCUGAGAACAGGUUUCAGAAUAUCCACUUGUGAAGAUGAGUAUAUAUGUGAGAGCAUGUUAAGAUAG